AGGCGUGCGUGAAUAGCGGAAGUGUGCAGCAGUUGUAGAGGCAGCAUGGCGUACACGGCGAAAAUCGGACCGUCUAUUUUGAGCAGCGACCUGUCGCAGCUCGGGAGGGAAUGUGAGCGAAUGAUGGAGUGCGGUGCUGAUUAUCUGCACCUUGACGUUAUGGAUGGGCAUUUUGUUCCGAAUAUCACAUUUGGGCAUCCUAUGGUGGAAUGUUUACGACACAGUAUCGGACCUGAUCCAUUUUUUGACAUGCAUAUGAUGGUGUCCAGGCCAGAGCAAUGGGUGAAGCCCAUGGCAGCAGCAGGAGCCAAUCAGUACACUUUCCAUCUAGAAGCCACGACCAACCCAGGCAACCUCAUCAAGGAAAUCAGGGAGAGUGGCAUGAAGGUUGGUCUUGCCAUUAAACCUGGAACAACUGUUGAGGAACUGGCGCCGUGGGCUGGGCAGAUCGAUAUGGCUCUUGUCAUGACUGUAGAACCUGGCUUUGGUGGUCAGAAGUUUAUGGAAGAUAUGAUGCCAAAGGUGAGCUGGCUCAGGAGUCAGUUCCCUUCUCUGGACAUUGAAGUGGAUGGAGGAGUUGGCCCAGACAGCAUCCACAGAUGUGCUGAGGCCGGAGCCAACAUGAUCGUGUCGGGCAGUGCUGUGGUGAGCAGUGAUGACCCUCGUUCUGUAAUCGCCCUCCUCAAAAAUGUUGUCAUUGAAGCGAUCCAGAAACGUUCUUUGGACCGCUGAGCAUUUUGAGCUUUUACCUCAAUUCUGUUUUCACCCACCACUGAAAGUUAUUCCUGCAGAUUCUAUGUGUUUUAAUGUAUGAAAUUUGUUAUUGAAUGCUCAGUGGUGUUUGUGAAUGGACAUGACCCAUUGCUGAGGGUGCGUUUGCACAUCUACAAAUCACAAGAACUGCCUUUGCCAAGAGUCUUUUAUGGAUUCAUCUGGAGUUUUCAAAUGCAUAUGGCCUUUUGAGAACUUUGAGCAAAUAGAAAAUUGACUUCAAUCUAACCAUUCCCCUUUUAAUUAACCUCAUUUGGUUUGAUUAAUCACAUUUAUUGUUUGUCAUAGUACAGUCAGAGUGACAACAAAUUGCUACAUGAUUGAGAAAGCUGCUGCUGACGUUCAACAUCUUUAGCGUUUUCAGGUUUGUUGGAUGAAGAAUGACAUUGGAAUUGAGCUGCAUAAGCUCUAUAUACUGUAAUACUCAUUUGCUGCAGAUUAUGAUAGUUUAAAUAUGUUUUUCAACAUUCCACCAGCCUGUGUUUACAGAACACUGAAAUUAUAAAAGUAUAAAUCAAGAGACCUUAAGUGGUAUUAUUUUUUUUUUUUUCUCUAAUGAAAUCAUAUGAACAUUUUAGUACUGAGUGUAGCAUUUACACAGCAAUAUGUUUCAGACAGUAAAGUCGUCAAGUAAGUCUACAUCUGUUAACAGUUUAUUAUCUAAACAAAUACAGUCACACAUUUUAAAGUCAAUAUGAAAUUAAAAUUGUGUUUUUCAUUCA